AAAAAGUUAACCCAUUCUUGAUAAGCCAUACAAAGGUAAGAAGAAUUUCAGUUGUUUUAAAAACUGGUGAUUUUAGUUAAAAAAUAUGAACGACUUAGGAAGAAGGUUUCCAGUGUUGGACUUAACUAACAACACAGUUUCUAAUGAUGACCACUAUGAUGACCUAAACGACUACAACAGCUAUUUAAGGGAUCUUCUUAGAGAAAUGAAGGAAGAGUAUGAAAGUCGAAGAGACGAUAAUGGCCCUGAAAACGCUAUUAAAGUAAACAGCGUGGACUUCUCGCCACGAGACAACGCUCGUAAACAUAACACUCAAAUGUAUGAACUCGUAGAAGGUUCUAAACCAGCCGUGAUCCUUCGACGUGGUCUGUCCUUCUUCACUACUUUUCAGUUUAAUCGAAACUACGACCCAAAGAAAGAUCAGCUCAAACUGGAAAUGGCGUUUGGUUCGAAUCCUCAAGUUGCUAAAGGAACCCUAGUUGUAUUACCCAUUAACAGCAAUGAUACCUUCAAAGAAGAUAAUACUCAAUGGGACGUCCGGCUACAUAGCCAUAAUCGUUCUAAGGUCACUGUUCUAGUGCAUAUUCCCGCAUCUGUGGGAAUUGGCAUUUGGAAGAUGAAAGUUAUCUCGCUGGUAAAAUCAGGCGAUAGUCAACCAGUCUCAUCCUCAGAAACUUAUAAAUGCAAAGAGAACAUCUAUAUUUUGUUCAAUCCGUGGAACAAAGAUGACUCUGUUUACAUGCAGGACGACAAAUGGAAGAAAGAAUACGUUUUGAAUGAUGUGGGAAAGAUUUUUGUUGGAUCAUUUCACUACCCAACAGGUCGACAGUGGGUUUUUGGACAGUUCAAAGACUCGGUCCUGCCGGCUUGUAUGUUUCUUUUGGAACGUUCUCGUCUUGAUUACAGAGCCAGAUCUAACCCAGUCAAGGUAGCCCGUGCUAUGUCGGCAAUGGUAAAUAGCCUGAAUGACAAAGGUGUGGUUGAAGGUAGGUGGCAAGAACCUUAUGAUGAUGGUGUCGCCCCCUGGAAGUGGACUGGAAGCUCUGCUAUUUUGGAAGAGUACAUGAAAACUGAAGGAGUUCCUGUGAAAUAUGGACAAUGUUGGGUUUUCGCUGGUGUAUGCAAUACCGUUUGUCGAGCUUUGGGGCUUCCCUGUAGGCCAGUGUCGACCUUCGUUUCAGCCCACGAUGCAGACGCUACCCUAACCAUUGACAGACUGUUUAAUAAAGAUGGAGAUGAAAUAUCUGGAGGAACAAAUGACUCAAUCUGGAAUUUCCAUGUAUGGAAUGAGUGUUGGAUGGCAAGACCUGAUCUGCCCACAGGCUACGGGGGAUGGCAAAUCAUUGAUUCUACACCACAGGAAACUAGCGAAGGUAUCUACCAGCUAGGUCCCACUCCACUGCUGGCUGUUAAAAGAGGAGAAACUGGAUAUAGAUACGACACCCCGUUUGUCUAUGCUGAAGUUAAUGCAGAUAUUGUAUAUUGGCAAAAAGAUAAAAAGUCUGAAAACGGCUGGAAGAGACUGAAAACAAACACUUCUCAUGUAGGGCGUCUUAUACUUACGAAGAAAGUUGGUGUGGACGACGACUUUGGUAUAAAUGAUGCGCAAGAUAUUACGUACGAGUACAAGAACAAAGAAGGAACUGAAGAAGAAAGAAUAUCUAUGCGGAACGCCACCAGAAAUGCUAUCGUGAGCCGUAGAUUCGACACACGUCCUCGUCACAAAGAAGAUGUUCAUUUCGAGAUCCUGGACAUUAAGCAAGUGAUGAUUGGACAGCCCUUUCGUGUUACGUUGAAGAUUCGCAACCUGAGCAGCGAGCCCAGAAAAGUGUCAGCCGUGUUGUCAACGUACAGUGUUUACUACAACGGAAUCACAGCCAAAAAGCUCAAACGAAAAAACGACAAAUUCACGCUUCAGCCCCAACAAGAAGAACUUGUAUCUUUCGGAGUGGCCACGAACGAAUAUCUAGACAAACUGGUGGAUUAUGCCAUGAUAAAAAUCUACGCCCUAACUACAGUAAAGGAAACUGAACAAACUUGGUCUGGUGAGGAUGAUUUUGUGUUGGACAAGCCGAAGUUGGAUCUUGAGAUUCGUGGAACACCGAAAGUGGGAAGACCUUUCGAACUAGUUAUCAGUUUCACCAAUCCCCUCAAACGCGUCCUCGACGACUGUGUCUUCAAUAUUGAAGGGUCAGGAGUGACCGGUCCGUACCGCACUAAGUUCAGGGAUAUCAAUCCUGGAGAAACUGUAACUCACGCUGAAAAACUCAUCCCUCAGAAAGCUGGUUUGAGGAAAAUCUGCGUUACUUUCAGCUCUCGACAGCUUAUCCAGCUGAUGGGAUCAAACCAAGUUGAGGUGAAGCCUCAACCUGAGUUGCAUGAUAAUGAGAUUUUAUGAGGAUUUAGUUGAAUUUACUUAUUUUAAUCUAUUGGAUAAUAUUGAACAGAUUUUCUAUUCUCACGUUAUUAGAUAUCCUUAUGUGAUUUAAUCUUGUUUCAAGAAAUAUUUCCAAAAACAUAAAAUAUAGAUUUUGAUCAGAUAAAUUUUAUCAUCAGGGUUAGUUAUAGUGUUUAUGAUGUUUAGUUGCACUGUAGUCCAUACUUUAGUCCUAAACGUUUUAUUCCGUUGUUAUCCUGUAUUAUUCGGUGUACCAUGUAUUUUUAAAAGUACUUCCGAACCUUUUUAUUUAUCUAUUUAUUAUUUAUUUGAAUUGUAUACGAUGACCUAUUGAA